AUGGCAAACAUCCCUAUUGGUCAUUCUCGCUACUUAUUAAGGUUGAACUACUCUGAUUCUUCUCACAAGCGUGACACAAGUUCUGUCUCAAAGAGUUUCAGAAUGUCUCAGCAAUCGUGUGAUGCAUCUCCCUUAUCUGACUCGGCAACACCAGACGAGUCCUCUAACCCUAAUAGGGUUCUGAAUGUUGUACCUUUAAGGACGAUUAGCAGUGACGAAGUAAAUGCCACAAAGCCUAAAAUGGCACAUGCAAGACGGCCCAAGGAGGGUAUUCGAAAAAAGGGCACCAAACCUUCUUCAUCUAAUACUAGAGAGGCACUUACUAAAGAAGGAACCAGAUAUGUCGAUAACUCAAUUGCCAAGAUUGUUACACGCAUUCUGAAGGAAAAUCAUCAAGUGCCUAAGAUAUCUGUCCCUCUUCAAACCAUAAUGCCUAAUCCUCUCAAGAACACCAGUAAGGCUGAAGUUGCUCACACUUAUGGUUGUGACCUAGCUGAAGAGGAGAUCAUUAAGAAUGGACAAGGAGGUGCUGAGAAUACCAAUGUUACUGAGGAUGUCAAUGACAUCAAAGAGAAUGAGCACACUAAGGUCAAUACUGAAACAGAAUCAAAGAGCACUGUCAAAGACCCUAUCAAGAAGAAGAGUACUUCAGUUGGUCCUAUCAAAAGCAGAGCUGUGGCUAAGAGUGCAGGGGUUGGUCCCUCAAAGUCUUGGAGCAAGGUUGUUCCAAAGAAAAGAAAGGAGAGGGAAAUUGUUGAAUCUGAGUCUGAUGUUGAAGUGGAUGUCCUUAACAUUCCAUCAAGGAAGAAGCCUAUAACAGGCAAGCUUACUGCAAGUAUUCCUGAAGUGCCUAUUGAUAAUGUGUCAUUCCACUAUGCCUCUAGUGCCAGCAGGUGGAAAUAUGUGCUCCAAAAGAGACCGGCUGUUGAAAGAGAGUAG